GCAGCAAGGCAGCGUGCGCUUGCAGAACGACGGCAUCAUGGAGGCUGGCUGCGUGGUUGCCGCGGUGAUUGAGAAUGCCGCCUCACGGCCCCGGGGGGAGCCAGGAAGUAGUCACGUCCUUGAGGGAAGCGUGGCACCAUUCAGUCAGUUGAAAAAAGACGAUGUCUUACCUCAAGCUGCCAGCAGGAGUGCUACAGACGAGAGACAACCACUGGAGAUACAGGCACAGAGUGAUGACAUCACGGCCGAGCCCCUCCUGCGCUCCUGCGUCAGCACGGCGAGCAUGAAGGUCAAGAACAUGAAGAAGCUGACGUUCCCCAGAGGUCACUUCCCCCGCCUGGCAGAGUGCGCCCACUUCCACUACGAGAAUGCUGACUUUGGAAAAGUUGAGUUGGCAUUUGCAGAAGGGCAGAGUGAAGGACCAAAGGGGCCCCAGGACUCCAAAGAACUGCUCUUUCUGGUCCAGAUCAGCUGCCAGGCUCGAAACUGGCUGGUGAAGAGAUCCUACGAGGACUUCCGUGUUCUGGACAAACAUCUGCACUUGUGCAUCUAUGACCGCCGCUACUCGCAACUCACCGAGCUGCCCAAGUACGACCCAGUGAAGGACACGGCCAAGUCAAUACCCAAGAUGUUGGCCACCUACUUGUCCCGCUUCUCCGUCAUUGCUGACAACAAGAUCAACUGUGGUCCAGUUCUCACAUGGAUGGAGAUCGACAACAAGGGGAACCAUCUGCUGGUGUCCGAGGAGGCGUCCAUCAACGUCCCCGCCAUCGCCGCUGCCCAUGUCACCAAACGCUACACAGCACAGGCCACCGAUGAGUUGACCUUUGAGGUAGGGGACAUUGUAUCGGUCAUCGACAUGCCUCCCAAAGAGGACACGGGCUGGUGGAGAGGAAAACAUGGCUUUCAGGUUGGUUUCUUCCCAAGCGACUGUGUCGAACUGAUAAACGACAAGCUCCCUCCUAGUGUUCAAAGCUCAGUUCCCAAACCAGUAUGUAAGAAGCACGGCAAGCUGGUUACCUUCCUGAGGUCCUUCAUGAAGUCACGGCCGCCACCCCAGAAGCUUCGCCAGCGCGGCAUACUCAGGGAGCGAGUGUUUGGCUGCGACCUGGGCGAACACCUCCACAGCUCGGAACACGAAGGUGAACUGCAUAAAGUCCCUCAGGUUGUGAAAAGCUGUGCCGAGUUCAUCGAGAAGCACGGCGUGGUGGAUGGAAUCUACAGGUUGUCUGGAAUCUCCUCCAACAUCCAGAAACUCAGGCACGAGUUCGACUCUGAGCAGAUUCCCGACCUGAGCCGAGACGUCUUUCGACAGGACAUCCAUUCGGUGGGCUCCCUUUGCAAGCUGUAUUUCCGAGAGCUUCCCAACCCUCUGCUCACCUACCAGCUCUACGACAGGUUCUCAGAGGCUGUGUCUGCAGCCACAGAUGAGGAGAGGCUGGUUAAAAUCCACAAUGUCAUCCAGCAGCUGCCUCCUCCACAUUACAGGACGCUAGAGUACCUCAUGAGACAUUUGACCCGUCUGGCCACCUUUAGUUCCAGCACCAACAUGCACACUAAGAACUUGGCCAUCGUGUGGGCACCAAACCUGCUUAGGUCCAGACAGAUCGAGUCGGCCUGUUUCAGCGGCACGGCGGCCUUCAUGGAGGUACGCAUUCAGUCCGUAGUGGUGGAGUUCAUCCUCAACAACACCGAGGCGCUCUUCAGCACCAAGCUCAACGCCAUCAUACGGGAAAGCGCCGGUAACAACACCUUAUCCCGACCCAAGUCUCUGCUGGUCUCCUCCCCGUCCACCAAACUGCUGUCUCUGGAGGAGGCCCAAGCACGCACUCUGGCUCAGCUGAGCUCCCCCGCCACCACGCCCUGCCUCAGCCACAGUGAUUACAUCGAGGUGGGGGAGGGUCCCGGGGCGCUGAUGGGCAAGUUCCAUACGGUCAUCGAGCUCCCACUGGAUAGUGUCAAGCGGGCUCCAAGCAAGGCCAAGAAGUCUCCCGUGGGCAACUGGCUGUCCUUCCUCCACCUGGGAAAGUCCCACUCUGUGUCCAAGCGUAAGCUGAAGCGACACCCCAGCGAGCCCAAUGAGAUGAAGAGCAUCGCACUUCCAGGUGGGAGAGGUGACAGCGGUACAUUGCGCUCAGCAAAAAGUGAAGAAUCUCUCACCUCUCUGCACAAUUUGGAAGGAGAGCCUCCAAAGUACCAGCAUCUCCGCCCCCGCCCCACCAGCGAGGCUGUGCCCGUAUCCAGCAGAGACGACUCGCGCAGGACCAGAAGCAAACCUCCGUUCAGUCAGAACGGAGCAGACGGACUUUCACCUCCACUGCAGGAGGACGACAUUGACCUCUACCCGCCCGUUGCCGGAAUGUCCUCCCUGGACUUCGACCCCAUGUCCUUCCAGUGCAGCCUGGCCUCCGCGACUCCUCGGGCACCACGCAACAGGGAGGGGCACAAAUUGAGGCGGGGCGACUCAGACGCCGCCACCUCUCCGAUCAACGUCAGCAGCCCUGUGCAGUUUCGAAAAGCAGAAACGCGUGAAGGUUUGAUGGCAGAUGGGAAGGAGCCCCGAGCGCCUUACCGACAUCGCAGCCCACGCAGUGGAGCGAGUCAAGCCUCAGCGCUAACAGACUCUGCACAGAACCUGCCUGAUCCAGGAGCAGAUAGACUUAUGAGUUCAGUGUCUAUUCUCCCUCCUCACCCUUCCCCGACGAGCGCCGCACGCAAGCUGGCGCUGGCGCUGGCCGAGUCGGCGCAAAAGGCCUGCGGCGGCUCACAGAGAAGAAGAAACCACCCGACUCGGCCUCUCCAAAAACAGGAAGCUCAGGAUAGGCCCGCACGGCCGUCGGUCCUCGACCUCAAGGUGUACCCGCAGGCGUAUGCCGGCCCCUCCCAGUGGCAAACUCCGCUACACUUCCUGCCCGCGUACCUCAGCUCGCAGGCCACCGACGGCCCGGAGAGUAACUUCACGCCCAACGUCAGCCCGCUCGGCUCAGGCAGCCUGGACUCCCGACACGGCGCCGUCACACCAGAGGAGCCCACCUAUCAAAGCGUGGGUGUCUCAACUCCCACUGACCCCGUCUGCUCCCCACACACCCCCUUAACUUCCCCAGUGUACGCCAACACCGACUCCGUCAACAUCUUUAACUUCCGCGCCGUUCUCGCCGAGGCCUCCGUGCCCGCCUCCAUCGACGAAGUCCUCCCACGCCCUUUCCUGUCUCCGUCUUUCCGUAACUACGCCUACAGAGCGCUCGGCCCGCUCGACGGCGUCUACCGCAACAUGCACCGUCAGCCCCCGCGUCAGAGUCACUCUGGAAGACUAGCUCGCUGCCCCCGACCUGACGCUCUGCCCCGGCACUUUUCGGGGCCGAGACGCGUGUACAGGCAGGCCUCGGAGAGCCGCUGCAGUUCCUCUGGCUUAGUGCAGCCCGUGUCUCCUCAGUACAGACGCUACUAUCGAGGCGAGCACCUAAUGGGCGCCAGUCAGCAACAACAAGGCCACUGGCAGAGGUCUGAAGACAGCGUCGCCCUGCACCCCGCCAUCAGGAGGGCUCGCUCCUUCCACGCCCCGCAGAUUAGUCGCUACGAGCUGGCCGACGUCCUGCCCCCUGACUUUAAUUCUGAGCAGGAAGCAGCUUAUCAGAGGCAAGUUCAGCCCCACUUUGAGGACGUUCACGUACAACAAAUGCUAUAUAACCCUUACCUGGACUUGAACAUGAGCGACGGCCCCCGAUAUCCUUUAGAUCCUUUCCCACGCAACAGUAUCCGCCACAGUCAGCCUUAUAGGACACGCUCCACCAAGCCUGAGUUCUAUUACUCCCCACGCCACUGCCACCCUCUGGGUAAGGAGCUGUUCAUGGACAGCAGGGACUCCGUGGUUUACCAAAAGCAGGAGAAUAAAAAACCAUGCCCAUCUCCUUAUGACAGUCCCGUCUCGCCAGCUGGCUCGACGGGAAGAGAGAUAAUGCACGUAAGGAGCAAGUCAGAUCCAGGAAACGGGUCGCUGUCCGCAGACAGAAGAGAGAGCCAAACCGUCGUCAAAGCCACGUCGCCCACGUCCCAGCAGCCGCGUCGCGUCCUCGUGAAAGAGAGCGCCUCGCAGCACCAUCAGCAGGCGCCGCUUCGUAAGAUCCCCUCGCUGCCCGAGAGGGUCUUUGCCGAGCUGGGCCACAGAAGUCAAAUGGAUCCCUUGAAGAGAGCAAGCGCCGGCAUCCUCAGGAGGCCUGAGCGCUCGCAGAGCACCAGAGAGAAUCGCCAACAUCAUCACCUCAUCGUCAAAUCGCCUGCGGACGCCCAACACGCCAGGUCCUUUUUCUCUCAACCCAACAGAAGGACUCAGAGCACGAAAGUGCGGCCCGCGCAGUCCGACCACAUGUCGGGAGGCUUUUACGCCGCUCCCAGGCCUAAACCCACAAGCUCCGCUAAAGGGUACUCGCCAACCCCGGACACUACCACCUCCUCCUCCGCCGCCGCUCCCCACGGACACAGGCUGCUGUCCAAGGCUCAGGAAACUUUUUAUCAGUCGGCAGUCAGAACACACGGCGGCGUCCGUGAGUGACGCCCACUGCUUUUUAUGUCAAUGCACAGCUAAAGGAGAAGAGCACUUUAUCAUCUGCCAGACCAGCCGACUGUGUUUUUAAGUCUUUUGUUGAGCCCGCUGGAGCUGCCCAAAGCUGCCACUGGGGGAGGGGUGGGGGGGUGGGGGGGGGCAUGCUGCUGUGUCAUCUCCACCAAUGAUUUUAAUUUAGAGCAGGGCUGCGGAACCUAUAGCCCAGAUACGACCAAAUACAAACAAGCAGUUCAUAACAGAUAAUAAUGAACAUUUGUUGCCUUUAAAAAGCCACUCUCAUUCGUCCCUAAUGACAAAAAUGGUCUCCUCCUAAUUUUGCCCAGGACUGCUGUAAAAAUAUGAUUAUUGUUUCCAUCUUCAAUGACUCAAACCUUCAAAACUAAGUCUGAAUUAUAAAUAUUUUUCAAGUAGUACAUAUCGCAUAAAGUCAUUUAAAAUCCCCCAUAUGUCCCCCACAUCGAUUGUCCUUUUACGUCUGCAUUAAAUAGACAUAUCAAAUAUGAAUUGUAUUUUGUUUACAAUGGUUUUAUUAGAUAAAAAGCACAAGUAGGGACGCAACUAUUAAUCAAAUAACUCAAGAAAGUUGAUUACAAAAAAAGGUCAAAGGAAAAUCUUUGCUUCAGUGCUUCACAGAGAUAAUUUUUCCACACGGACUACUAAUGUUACUACAGUUGCAGGCACAACACAGAAAUAGAAAUAGGUUGGCGCAAUGCCAGCGGGCCAGACGACAAGAGCCCGUAAAAGAGCAAGACUGUUGAAAGUUUGGCAUCAUUUCAAACUUAACACCGAAGUGCAGUGCGUACCACAACAACACGUCUAAAGCUAACAGGAGUUCUGGCCGUGCCUGCGUGGGUUUUCUCCGCGUACUCCGGUUUCCUCCCACAUCCCAAAAACAUGCGUGGUAGGUUGAUUGAAGACUCUAAAUUGCCCGUAGGUGUGAAUGUAAGUGCGAAUGGUUGUUUGUUUCUAUGUGCCCUGCGAUUGGCUGGCAACCAGUUCAGGGCGUACCCCACCUCUCGCCCGAAGAUAGCUUGGAUAGGCUUCCAGCACGCCCGCGACCCUAGUGAGGAGAAGCGGUACGGAAAAAUGAAUGAAUGAAUGAAUGAAUGAAUUGUUAUCCAAUUCGAUUAAUCGACGGGAUAAUCAGUAGAAUACUCGUACAAAUAUUUGAUAGCCGCAACCCUACACACAACUCUUAUGUUAUAUGAACACCAUUAUCAAAUAUUAAUAGAGGCACAGUUAUCAUUUCAGUAGUGAUGCGGCCUUGCAGAAAAAAUGUCACAAAGCUGUGACAUUUUGUUGUAUGCUUUGUAUGGGGAGGAGUAGUGGACAAUGUAACAAUAAAGUCGUCCCAAAUUGAAAUGUUAACAGAAUACGAUUGCAUUACUUAUGUAACGAUAAAUGUGGAAUUCAAACAACCAUUUUCUUUUUGUUGUUGUUGUUGUUGCUUGGAAAAAUGUUUUGGAUUUUUUGAUGAAUUAAUAAGUGUGGCCCUCUGAAACGUCAUAAAACCAAAAUGGUCUCUGAUGGGUCAAAGGUUCCCCAUCUCUGCUUUAGUCUUUCAGCUUAGAAGAAAAAUGGCCGUCAUGUUUUAGUUGCAUAAAACCCAAGGGAAGACAAGGUAAACUUUGAUUAUCUCAAAAUUACACUCAAGAAUGUGUAUUGAACAAUGUUUUUUGUGUGUGUGUGUGUGUGUGUGUGUGUGUGUGUGCCCGCGUCUUGCUGUGUUUUUUAUAAUGACACGCAGCUAACUAAAAACGUGGCCAAUGUACUGUACCUGUAUCAUUGCAGUCAGCUCAGACUGGAAGCACUUUGUAGGGAAACACAUUGUCUUAACAAUGCAUUCGCGUGACGUCUACUUCAAACCUCUUGAUAGAAACGUGAUAUAUUUUUCUGUGUGCAAACAAAAAUGCCUGCUCGCUCGGAAUCCUCGUAAAUGCAAACACGAGCACUUUUUUCAAAAACGGGAAUCAACCUCAUCACAAUUGUUCACUUCUUUGAUGUUUUACGAGAUCAUUAAGCUAUCGUGUAUAUGCUCUCUACCUUCGAUUGACGCAGCUCGCCUUGUGAGAAAAGUCUAUUUUUGUCUAUUGCUGUUUGGUCCCAACAAUGGCGGAACAGUGACAUAUAUUAUUAUUCCAAAAAUGUUCUUCUCAUUUAAGUUAUGUAGAGGGUUUUAUUCGAAUAAGACAUUUCAUUUGAAUGCUUGUCUUAAAAGAGAGAAUAAAUAUAUCAUCAUGCAUUCCAAAUAAGUGACUUAUUUUAUUAGUUUAUGAUGUACUGAAUCAUACUGUGUGGUGUUUCUAAUAUCUUUCCCCUCAUGUCUAGUCCUGUUCACGGUCAAUAGGUGGCGCUGUAGCACCUCAUACAGGCCUUAGCCCCCAGAGUUUGAUUCGAACUCCUUUCUGUGGACAGAGGGCCAUGAUGAGACAUUUCUUUUAAAUAGUUACUGAUGACACAUGCAAUGUGUGUAUGUAUGUAGUUACAUGUUAAUCACAUGAAAUGACAGCUGCUUGCAGCAUAUGUAACAUAUUGGUGCACUAGCACAUGGUGUCAGUGGUCAGAACCAUGAAGCGCAGUCAUUGUUUAUUCAUGUGCACAUUGGCAUUCAAAGUGCAUGCUUACUGUUCUCCUUCUUGUCUCAUAAGCAACACGUUCCAUUUUCAUGCCAGUGAAGGUUGAAGGCAAAUUAUUGAUGGCACACUGGAGCAAACCACACACACGCACACAAAGAAUGAGACGGCCUCUCGUUCAUUCAUCCAUCCAUCCAUCCAUUUU